AUGACCUGUGCAGCCACAUCUGGAGGUUGUGGAGCUAGUACAGCGUGCGCACCGUCAGCGCCAGCGAUCGCGAGCACACCUGGUGUUAUCUCGUCUGCAAGCACACCAAGUCGCCAUCUCACCGCCGGGGAGAAAGCGGAACUGCAGCAGAAGAAAGAGGAGCGCGCAGAGAAGAAGCAACAACGGAAGGAGGUUCGAGACGAGGCAAAGGCAGACACCAAGGCCAAGCUCCCGGAUACGACUAGCAAGAAGGCUAAGCUGAGGCUGUACAUUACUUUGUUCAAGCUCAGUUGCAAUUUCACCACCAAGAACGGAACGGUAGGGCAGAGACUGAAGAUCAAGCGUGCGCGAAAGAGGCGACAGCGGAAGGUAGUUCGAGACAAGUCCAAAGCAGACACCAAGGCCAAGGUCCCACACGCGGGUGACGGAGGUGACGGCGGCAGCUACUCAGGCGGAGAUUCAGGAACCGAUUACAUCCCACAAGGCUCCUCCUCGUCCAGCCGACCAUUGACAGCCGAGGAGCAAGCGGCAGCGGACCGCAAACGCAAAGAACAAGAAGAACAGUGGGAGCGUGAGAGAGCGGAACGCAAAGAGAAGAAGCGACAACGAAGGGCAGUCCGAGCCGAGACCGCUACUGCAGUCAAAGCGAAGCGCCACGAGGCAGCUAAGCUGAAGGAGAAGAUCCGUCUGACUGCCACGCUUCUUACACUCAAGCUCCAUCUUUGA